AGUAGUAGUGAAGACAACGAACCCUCUCAAUAGAUAUCUUUCACAACAAUCACUUCUACUCCAAAUAGAUAUCUUCACUAUUCACUACUUACUAAUCACUACAACUUCUCCGGCCACUUUUCACCUCAAACCGCCGGAACUCCGCCGCUCCGGCCGACGGUGAAUCUUACCAAUUAUGUUCACAACAGUAUGAACAAUCAACACCGGUCAUCAUGUCAAUCUCGUGCUCUGACUGCUUCUCCGACUUACUCUGCUGCGAGGACUCCGGUAUAUUAUCCGGCGACGACCGGCCGGAGUGCUCCUAUGAUUUCGAAUAUUCCGGCGACUUUGAUGAUUCAAUCGCGGAGUUUAUAGAACAGGAGAGAAAGUUCGUUCCAGGAAUCGAUUACGUCGAGCGAUUUCAAUCGCAAGUUCUCGAUGCUUCUGCUAGAGAAGAAUCGGUUGCCUGGAUCCUUAAGGUGCAACGGUUUUACGGAUUUCAGCCGUUGACGGCGUACCUCUCCGUUAACUAUCUGGAUCGUUUCAUCUAUUGCCGUGGCUUCCCGGUGGCAAAUGGGUGGCCCUUGCAACUCUUAUCUGUAGCAUGCUUGUCUUUAGCUGCUAAAAUGGAGGAAACCCUUAUUCCUUCUAUUCUUGAUCUUCAGGUUGAAGGUGCAAAAUAUAUUUUCGAGCCGAAAACAAUCCGAAGAAUGGAGUUUCUUGUGCUUAGUGUUUUGGAUUGGAGACUAAGAUCCGUUACACCGUUUAGCUUUAUCGGCUUCUUUUCUCACAAAAUCGAUCCAUCCGGAAUGUAUACGGGUUUCCUUAUCUCAAGGGCAACCCAAAUUAUCCUCUCAAAUAUUCAAGAAGCAAGUUUACUCGAGUAUUGGCCAUCAUGUAUUGCUGCUGCAACAAUACUUUGUGCAGCAAGUGAUCUUUCUAAAUUCUCACUUAUCAAUGCUGAUCAUGCUGAAUCAUGGUGUGAUGGCCUUAGCAAAGAGAAGAUCACAAAAUGUUACAGACUUGUACAAUCUCCAAAGAUAUUGCCGGUACAUGUUCGAGUCAUGACGGCUCGAGUGAGUACCGAGUCAGGUGACUCAUCGUCGUCGUCUUCUUCACCAUCGCCUUACAAAAAGAGGAAAUUAAAUAACUACUCAUGGGUAGAGGAGGACAAAAGAUGAAAAUAAUUAAAGAAGACAAAAUAAAUAAAUAAAUCCGGAUUCCUCUCUAUAUUUUUUAAAGGAAUCAACAAAUAUAUCAAAAAAAAAGAUUAACUAAGAGUGAUUUUAUUAAUUUAUUUUAAUAGAAAUGCAACAUGUCAUAAUUCAUAAUUAUGACUUUUGCUGAUUCCCUAGGGAAAGGGGAGUUUGGUACAUAGUAUUUUGGUGUGAAAAAAAAAUUGUUUAGUACAAAGUGGAGAGCCAGUCGUUGGUGUGUGAAAGUGAAAGUGAAGUGGGUUGUGUUGUUGAAUUCAAAGGUGGUAUUCAUUGUUGAAUGUUUCAAGAUUGAGGGGUGGAGCGUAUGUGGGUCCCUCCUUUCAUAUAUAUUAUAUAUAUAUAAAUCAGUUCAAGUUAUCAUGAGACCAGAUUACCGAUUAUCGUUGAAGAUUGAUGAUUGAAAGUUUACGGACUGUGAUUACCAAUACCUGUGUGACUGGACCAGACUGGGGUCCUUGAUGACACUGCAAAGGGUGAAUAUCGAAAACGCUAUCGGAUCAAAAAAAUUACUGGUUUUUCGGUUUAUAGAUGAAACGUUUGCGAGCAUAAAAGGAUUGAGGCAUGAAAUGGGAAGGAUGAAGAAAAAACAACCAACGAUUGAAGCAAGAAGUUCUCUGUUUUUGUUUUCGGAAAAUUAAUUUUGAUUUUUUUAUUUUGUCAUGAAAAAAAAGAGAGAGAUUGGAUUUUGAGAUUGGUUUGAGAGAUAACAUACUUAGAUUUGUAAGUGUGUCUUCUCACACGUGUGCAUGUGUGUGUUUUUUUGGCGGGAAAUGUAUGGGCAUCUUACCAAAAAUGCUUGAUUAGUCCCGGUCUCUUGUUUAAUUAACGUUACAUAACCCGGGAUUUUGUUUUGUUUUGUUUUGUUUCUAAUGAUGAUGUUAACGCGUGUGAUGGUGACACGUGUGAUUGUAAAGUUUCUUAAUUUCUUUUACUUUUUUUGUUGUAUAAUCUUUUUGGAGGGUGAAAAAUGUCACUUUCUUGUGGUCUGAA